CCAACGGAUCCGCUGGACCAACUGGAGCCGGCGCGGGGUCUGCGCCGCUGGACCACCGUUGGAACCAGAGCUUAGUACGGCAACGCGGUAGUCCCGGGACGCGGCGACAUGCCCGAGCUGGUGGUGACUGCGCUACUGGCGCCCUCGCGCCUCACUCUGAAGCUGCUUCGUGCCUUUAUGUGGAGCCUCGUGUUCUCGGCAGCACUGGUGGCUGCAGCUGUCUAUGGCUGCAUCGCGCUCACGCAUGUGAUGUGCCGGCCGCGACGCGGCUUUUGCGGGCGCCCCCGGCACACCCCACCGGUCUGCUUGAGCGACCCCACGCUGGGAGAGCACUGCUUCCUGAUUCUUAGGAGCUCGGGCCUGCGCUUGCACUAUGUCUCUGCUGGACGCGGCAAAGGGCCCCUCAUGCUGUUUCUGCAUGGCUUCCCUGAGAACUGGUUCUCCUGGCGCUACCAGCUCCGGGAGUUUCAGAGCCGCUUCCACGUGGUGGCUGUGGACCUGCGGGGAUACGGCUCCUCCGAUGCGCCAAAGGAUGUGGAUUGUUACACCAUCGACCUGCUGAUGGCAGAUAUCCAGGAUGUCAUUCUGGGUCUGGGUUACUCCAAGUGUGUCCUCGUGGGCCAUGACUGGGGUGCACUCCUAGCCUGGAAUUUCUCCAUCUACUACCCAUCCCUGGUGGAGCGAAUGGUAGUGGUCAGUGCUGCCCCCAUGUCAGUGUACCAAGACUACUCUUUGCACCACAUCGGCCAGUUCUUCCGUUCCAACUACAUUUUCCUGUUCCAGCUUCCCUGGCUGCCUGAGAAGCUGCUAUCCAUGUCUGACUUCCAGAUCCUUAAGACCACCCUCACCCACCGAAAGAGGGGCAUCCCACAGUUGACCCCCAGUGAACUUGAAGCCUUCCUUUAUGACUUCUCACAGCCUGGUGGCCUCACUGGGCCCCUCAACUACUAUCGAAACAUCUUCAGGACCUUCCCCCUGGAGCCCCAGGAGCUGGCCACACCCACACUGCUGCUAUGGGGGGAGAAGGACCCGUAUUUUGAGCAAGGGCUGGUAGAGGCCAUCAGCAGCCGUUUUGUGCCAGGCCGGCUCGAAGCCCACAUCCUGCCAGGCACGGGGCACUGGAUCCCCCAGACCAAUCCUGUGGAAAUGCACCAAUAUAUGUGGGCCUUCUUGCAAGACCUGUUGGACUGAUGGCCCUAGCUCACUGGCCUGCAUGCACCCAGGAGUUCUCACACUGGCUUGCAUGCUCCCAGGUUGUAUAUAUACGGAUGGACUCUUGAUGCACAUGGAUGAAACUCCUAGACUGCACACAAGUGCUUCUGUGGUUACCCUCAGCCGCACCACCCUCAUAUGCUCCCAUACCGGCAGGCAUGUGUGCACGUGUGAGCAAGCACUUUGACCCCAGGGAACCAGGUAUGCCUCUCUGUGGAGCUAGAUACUGAGUGUCCUACUUCUCCUGUCCAUGAGACCCCACCCAUCUUGCCAAAGUCAAAGCCCAGAGCUGCGUUGACCAUGAACUAUGACCUUUCUGUCCCUGGCUUCCACCGCCAGUCUGGAGUCCUCAGCUAAAUGCUGCUCUGUCCAAUACAGUACUUGUAGCCACGUCUGGCUACUUCCAUUUAAAUGCAAGUUAAUUAAAAUUAAAUACGAUGAAAAA